AUGCCCCAUCGCGUUCUGCAUCCGUUGCACCAUCGCGCUCUCAUUCUGUUGCACCGUCACGCUCUCAGACUCCUCAUGGAACCUCACGCGUGGAGGCCACGUUCAUAGAAGUCCAAGAUCGCCGAAUGAGCGUGGUCACAACUCAGUCAUCCGCUUCCAAGGUAGUCACUGCUACGCCUCCAACACCAACGGCCGCUGAUCGCGGGGCGAGAAGCCACUCAACAUCAACUUCUCAUCAUGCGCCACCAACACCCCCAGCUGAUCGAAGCAUCCGGGAGAUCGAGCGAGAGCGUACUGUGUCUACCGCGUCCAAGGUCUCAGCUGAUCGAAGCAUCCGGGAGACCGAGCGAGAACGUACUGUAUCUACCGCAUCCAAGGUCUCCACAGCUGAUCGAAGCAUCCGGGAGACUGAGCGAGAACGUACUGUGUCUACCGCGUCCAAGGUUUCCACAAUUGUUGCGAGCACUGUUGAGCGAGACCGCAAGAUCUCCACUGCUUCUAGGGUCUCUGCUUCGGCCGUUUCCCAGCAUGACCAUCUAACUGCUUCCCAAUCUACGACCUCGGUCGUUUCCCAAUCCACAAUCUCAGCUGCUUCUCAAUCCAUCCAUGCAGCUACUUCGCAGCAUAUCCCUGCAGCCGCCUCUAAGGUUACACCUCCAGUUACCGUCGAAACACGCGGACGGGAGGCUGAACCUGCUAAAGCAAAGGGAAGGGGAAAAACAAGACUCCUAAGGCCACCGUACCUCCUUCCCCGAUCGACCCGGCUGACACUACCGUGGGCAAGAGUCCAGGACAGCUAGCAGAGACCCUUACAGCCGUCUGGGGCUCUACUUCCAAGGCGAAUACACCUGGAGCCUCACCGCUCGUUCAAACAUCCAGAUCUCUCGAGCCAACGACACCGAAGAAUGAAGUUCCCCC